GAAACCACUGGUGUCUGUUGGCUGCCUUUACCCUUUACCCUGGUGAGUGAAAUGUGCUUCUGCCUUGCAGAGCGGAGGAACUGAUAGUUCCGCAGCCAGGAUGCUCUGCCGGGGGGAGAUCUUUUUUUAGAAGUUGGUUUUAAGAUAAGGUGCAAACUUUUUUUCCCCACAUUUUUACAAUGUUGCCCCGGUUUCUUUUACGCGCAAAUAAGUUUCCUGGUCUGGACUGGAAAUACUGGCGUUAAGAAAAAAUAGUUACACUAGUCUUGAAUUGUGGUUAAAGGACAUAGCAAUGAAUAAUCACACGAUGACAGGGAGGAUCAUGGUCCCGACCAUUCCCUCUAUUAUGUUCAUUUUCGGGGUGGUUGGGAAUGUCAUCGCCAUCGUGGUUCUUUGUAAAUCUCGCAAGGAACAGAAGGAAACAACGUUUUACACGCUGGUGUGUGGACUGGCAGUCACGGACCUCCUGGGCACACUGCUGGCCAGUCCGGUCACCAUCGCCACUUACGUGAAAGGAUCGUGGCCGGGAGAGGACCCGCUGUGCCAGUACUUCGGAUUCACCUUACUUUUCUUCUCCCUGGCGGGUCUCAGUAUCAUCUGUGCCAUGUCGGUGGAGAGAUACAUCGCUAUAAACCAUGCCUACUUCUACAACGACUAUGUGGACCAAAAACUGGCGGGUUUGACCCUGCUGGCGAUCUACAUCUCCAACGCGCUUUUCUGCGCCCUGCCGAUUGUCGGCUUCGGACAGGUGAAGAAGCAAUACCCGCAAACCUGGUGUUUUCUAGAGUGGAGGAGCAACAAGACCAGCGAAGCCGCCUACUCAUAUAUGUAUGCGGGUUUCAGCUCUCUUCUUAUCCUCGCCACUGUUAUCUGUAACGUGCUGGUCUGCGCCGCUUUGAUCCGAAUGCACCGGCGCUUCGUGCGCAGGACGUCGCUUGGGACCGACCUAGGCACCGUGGAGCCGCCGAGGAUCGGACGCAGCUUUGGACGUCUGGCCGGUGCAGAGAUCCAGAUGGUCAUUCUGCUUAUAGGCACUUCGGCAGUGGUGCUUAUCUGCUCCAUACCACUUGUCGCUCAGGUGUUUCUCAACCAGCUGUAUAAGACUCCAGUGGAGCUGAGGCUUGAGAAAAACCCUGACCUACGAGCAAUACGUUUUGCCUCAUUCAACCCCAUUCUUGACCCCUGGAUCUACAUCCUGCUACGUAAGGCUGUUCUCCUCAAGCUCAUUGAGAAAAUCAAGUGCUUAUUUUGCAAGAUGGGAGCACGGAGGCAACAGAUGCAGGGGAACUGCCACUGUAUGGACACUCAUCAGCUCUCCUCGGCCAUCUCGAACCGGGACUCACACUCCCUGGCCUCCCACGACCUGCGAGACUUCACCAGCAGCACCCAGACCUUCCUCUACCUGCCAGAGGGAAGUGACGUGUACAAAGGAACCUGCCACGAGGCGGACAGAGUCUCUGGUUCACAAACUUCAUCGGUCAGGAACUCGCAAGCUUCUUAUUUGUUUGAGCAGUGCAGUGUUGAGGUUCAGAGUAGAGAAGGGCCAAAUAUAAUCAAGGACCUUUCAGUUCUGCCAUGCCCAAAAAACCCAGCACUCAAGGUGUCAUUGAGCACUGACACAGAGGAGGAGAAAUGCAUCUAACUUAACUCUGAAGGAGAAAGUUCUCGGUUUGCUCUGAAGUAGAUUGUCUACUGUAUGACUUCUCCAAAAGUGAACUCUUAACCCUGUGAAAAAUCGGGGAAGGUAAAUAAAAAUAAUAACUGACUGCCUUUGUGAAGUUGGGCACAUGAUGCUUGAGUUUCCCUGCUGUGAUCGUCCUGUUGUUUUCUGUUUCAGCACCCAGCUACCUCAAGUGGUGACUAACUCUGACUGUGUGAGCAGAUUUUGUCGUUUUGCCCCAAACAGAUGUUCUAACAGAGACGACCCACUUCGUGACUCAGUGUCAGUGAUGGAAAAGCUAUUCUUCCUAAUUUCAGCUACUUUGUUCAAUCAAAUGUGGAAAACCUUGAGUGUAAAGCAGAUGGAGCCAGAAAUUUAGAAUAAUUUAGUCACACACUUUGUGGUCAAAAUGUAAAAUGAAAACAGUAUUGAAUGUGAUACUUAUGAGUAAUCACUGGCAUGUGUGCUGCCAUUGUAAGGAUUGAUUUUGUUUUAAGAAAAAACUCUGUUGUACAGCUCUUUUGAAGGACAUGUGUUAGUUCCAUGACUAAUAUACAGUGCAGUAUUACUAUGUGGUGAACACCAACGUUUUUGUUCCUGGGCUCUGGAAUACACACACACAUCAUCUCAAAUUAUAAGACCUUUGUGUCCAAAGUCAUUAACACUAAAUAUUAUUUUUUCUGCCGCUACAGAAAAUGGGCUGUUAAUCACUCCAAGUACUAAGAUGAAGAUAUUUCAACACACCUGUCAGCUUGAGAAAAAUGAUGUUUUAGAUAUAAAAAAUAAAAUUACUCUUCUCUAGGAGAAGUUUCUAAUCAAUAAAUCACAACUCUAAAGGGAUUAUCCACACCAUAGAAGUAUUUGCUUGAUCAGAAUGCAUGCUCAUAAUUCCCAGAAAAUCAGGACAUUACAGAAUGUUUUGCAUCAGUUAGAACAGUUCAUCUUCAUUUGCAGUCAUUCUGAUGAUCAUUCUCACACAAUUGUUUAAUUGUCAAGUCAAAAUGACGGAAAAGGUCAGGGAGGACAAAGGUGUUCUGCGAUCCUAUUCUGUGCCACAUUUUUUCCAAUGACCGAAUUCCCCUUUUUAAUGUUUGGUUAGUCAAUUGACACCUUGAGCUGCACUCUUACCACAAUAUAUAAUAGACUGAACUUUUGAACCCCCGUUUGUUUGAGCUUUUCCACUCAAAUGAGCUUCAUGUCUUGAAGCACAAAGUCUGCCUCCUUUUCCCUGUUAUUAAAUCAGCUCCAGAUUGUUGCUUCAUGUCACGGAUCACAUUUUUGCCUGUCUUGUUUCCCUUGUUGCUGUUCAUUUUAGACAAGCUUGUUCGUGUGGAUGAAUGCUUCAUAGCACGCCCCUCAAGAUUGUACAGUAUAAUGAUAUUUGGUUAAAGGUGGAGUUUGACAAACAAGCCGCCUAUUCAACAAGGUCUUUUAAUUUAUUUUGUAAUCUUGAAAUUAUGCACUUUAUUUUGUAUUCCUUUUAUAUUGUAUUGUGGAAUUAAAUAUUUGGACCUAUA